AUCCGGAUGAUCCGCAUGCGGCUGGGCUUCGAGAGCGCCUACGAGGACUCCGAGGUGCGCGACGAGGCCCUGAGGGCGUACCUGCCCGGCCGCCGAAAAGAGGAGGGCAAGGAGCUGGGGCUGCACCUGGAGAAGGAAUGCGUGCUGGAUGUGGAUUGGGCCUAUGACGAGAUGGCCCGGGCCUUGGACACC